GACGCCGCGCGUCCCGCUGAGGUGAGGGAAGGAGCGGGCGGCCCCCAGCCCCCGCCGCGGUAGGGCCCCGGGGAGGCGGCUCGGCGAGGCUCCCCGGGACGGAACGAGGAGGAGCGGUCGCUCUGUGUUACUCCUGUGCACGUAGCGCCGCAGCGAAAUGGCCGACGAUAACGAGGAGCUGCCGGCAGACGAGGAGCUGCCGGCUCCGGCCGAGGACAGCUUUGAGCAGCUGGAGAACGACAGCCCUGCCGAGCGCAGCGGGCACGUGGCCGUCACCGACGGGCGCUGCAUGUACGUCUGGGGAGGCUAUAAGAACGCCCAAGUUCGGGGGUUUUAUGACUUCUAUCUGCCCAGAGAUGAAAUAUGGAUUUACAACAUGGAAACUGGAAGAUGGAAGAAGAGUAAAACAGAGGGAGAUGUUCCACCAUCCAUGUCUGGAAGUUGUGCUGUGUGUGUGGACAGAGUGGUGUACCUCUUCGGAGGCCACCACGCACGUGGCAACACCAACAAGUUCUACAUGUUAAAUUCCAGAUCCACGGACAAAGUGCUGCAAUGGGUCAGAGUAGAGUGUCAGGGGGUUCCCCCCUCGUCGAAGGACAAGCUCGGCGUCUGGGUUUACAAAAACAAGCUAAUAUUUUUUGGAGGCUAUGGGUAUUUCCCUGAAGGGAAACAACGGGGAACUUUUGAGUUUGAUGAAACCUCUUUUUGGAAUUCAGGUCUCCCUAGAGGAUGGAAUGACCAUGUGCACGUUCUGGACACUGAAACUUUUACUUGGAGCCAGCCUAUAACUACGGGUAAGACUCCGUCGCCCCGCGCGGCUCACGCCUGCGCCACGGUUGGGAACAGAGGCUACGUCUUCGGUGGCAGAUACAGAGUAACGCGGGGGUCAUUUGUGGUGUUUUUACCAAAUUGCAGAAUCACGCAAGGCAUCUGCCCCGUCGGCCGGUCCUGGCAUUCCUUAACACCCAUUUCCUCCGACCACCUCUUCCUCUUCGGAGGCUUCACCACGGACAAGCAGCCUUUAAGCGACGCCUGGAUUUAUUGUAUCAGCAAGAACGAGUGGAUACAGUUUGAGCACAACUAUUCUGAAAAACCAAGGCUGUGGCACACGGCUUGUGCGAGCGAGGAGGGAGAGGUGAUCGUCUUCGGGGGCUGUGCCAACAACUUACUGGCCCAUUCGAAAGCUGCUCACAGCAACGAAAUACUUGUCUUUUCUCUACAACCGAGAUCUCUUGUAAGGCUGUGCCUGGAAGCUGUCAUUUGCUUUAAGGAGAUACUGGCCAGUUCCUGGAAUUGUCUCCCCAAGCACUUGCUGCACAGCGUCAACCAGCGCUUCGGAAGCAACAACACCUCGGGCUCCUGAGCCCUCCCCACCCAGGAGCAGCUCCAAGAUGGAAUAACCUCACGGAGCACGGCAAAACAGUAAAUGUGUAUAGGUUAACUAUCCCUAGCCUCGUAGGUAGUCGCUUCUCGCCUCUUAAGUUGCAUGUGAAUGGCCUAGAGAGAACCUAUUUUUGUGUCAAAAUAUGUUCGUUUGCAAUAAAUGUAUAUUUAAGGCGAGUGGAGAUGCAGCCUCUGCCCGAGCUCAAAAACUAGGCCUGGGGUUGUCGGCCUGGAGGGAGGUGGGAUGGGGGUGGGAGUGUUGUGAGUCCCCAGGGGUUCAGCAGGAGAUAGAGGGGCCCCAGGAAGAGGAGAGUUGCUUUAGUGGAGGCUGAAGAUGGUUUCGAGGGGGGGAGAACAGCCCUGGGGCUGUGGAAAUUGUCCAUUUGUGUCCAACGUGUGGUUAAAGCCUCAGCUGUUCAAGCCCCGCUGCCCUCUGCUCCUGCCCUCUGCUCCUGCCUACGUUGGGGUUUUGUUUGGUUUGUUGUUUUUUUUGUUUUUUUUUUUUGGAACUCUUUUAUGUUGUGUAACUUCAAUUGUGAACCUUAGGUAGCAGAUAUUCUGCCCUGAGAAAGUGAAAGUGCUUGAGCCUGUUGUCCGCCCGUCGCCGACUUUUGCUGACUCGGCCCCAGCAGGUGACAUGGGGGGACAAGGGACAGGCUGUUGCUGCUGUGGGGAAGGGGUGAAAUCAUGUUUUACGCUGUCCUCAGAAAAAAAAAAAAGAAAUAAAAAUUAAAAAGUUUGAAUUCUAGAAC